AUGUCAUCAGAGGAGAACGAAGACUCUCUCAAACUAAUAAUAAGUGCAUCUAAAGAAGUAAGUAAUGUAAGUUCAAAUUUAGACGAUAAAUGUGAAGUAAUAAAGUGCCUAACUAGUGACCCUAUUCGUGCUGAACAUUGGAAUGAGAUUCCGUGUUGUUCUAACCAUGUUAAUAAUGUAAGUGUUGAGGUUUUCGAUAAAACCGGGCUUAAUCUGGAUAGUGAUACAGUAGAUGGAGUUAAUAAAAAUGUUACGGACUUUAUUGUGAUAGAUUUGGCAUGUGAUGUCAAUAAAGUUAGCGAUGAAAGACUAGAAGACAAGAUUGGUACAAACGAUCAGUCUAGUAUACCCAGUGUAAGUUCCAAUCAAAGUUUAGUUCCUGUCAACAACGAAAUUGUGAGCUCUGAGAAUCAGAAAUUAGUUAGUCUAUCGCUAUCUAUACUUUUAGCUGCGUUGCUACAAGCGAUGCGGUGUUUUGCGCAGUUCUUAGAGGACAUUGUAGUUCCGCAACGGUAUUAA